AUGAGGAACGUUACGAUGGAUGCCUGGAAGGAGCUUGACUGGUCCAGCUGUAGCAAGACCGAUGGCAGGAUACUUUGUGCUAGCGUUGGAGGCGAUGAGGAUCUAGUAGGCCAUUACUUUGCCUCCCCCUUUGAGUUCGAUUUUCCCACUGUCUGGGAGGCUAUCGUCCACUACCUGAAGCCUACUCAAUGCUCAUAUCAAUGUCAUAGUUUACAGGAAGGGGAGCGUUUGGAGAUGAUUCGCCUCGGGACUACAGCAGGAAGAUGGGCUGGCAUUGACGUGGAUGGAGCUAGCGAAGAGAUGCUGCACGAAUUAGGUCGUCAAGCUCGCAUGCACCGACGAGAGCCGGACCAGGCGCGAGGAGACACUAAGUGGGUGCUCUCGGGGCCUACACCACUCAAUGUCCCUUGCAGUGAGGCAAGUGUGGAAGCGUCGGCCGUCACUCCGUCGGGUAACACCAUUCAAUGGGGCACAGUCAUGGGCUUCCGAACCACUUUGGAAAAAUUAAUAAGGCAUUAUACCCUGCUGGAUAGACCAGGCUUUGACGCAGAGACCGUUGAAGUAAAUUGCUGGCCUAGCGACGACGAUUUGAAAUAG